AUGUCUAACCCCGCCAUUCCCGCCAGUCUGCGUGACUACGUGAUCAAAGGCCACAAAGCGCCUGGUCCGAACGACCCUAGCGCCCCAAAGGGCGGCGACAUCACUCCUGGAGCAUGGCACGCCUUCAAAGGCAAGUGGGAGCCCGUCGCCCCCUCCAAAGGGUCUACUAGUGGCCCGCUCAAGCUCGUCACCUGGAACGUGGACGGGUGGGGUGCGUCCGCCGAGAAGCGGCUCGACGCCAUUCUUGCGUGUAUCUUUGCACGCUCUCCGGAUCUAAUCCUACUGCAGGAACUGAGCCCCACCAAUACCGAGCACCUCCUCGCCCAUCCCACCAUUCGGGCAGAGUGGUAUUGCACGCGCUCGCGUGCGCCGAGCGAGAUCAUCACUCAGGCCACGCUGGCACGCCGUUCCCGGUUCCAAAACGCUCUGGGAGAGGUCCACACCCUCUCCCUCCCGUCCCGCUAUGGGCGGGACAUUAUCGUCACCGACGUCUGCGUUGACGCAGGUGUGGUGCGGUGCAUGAAUGUCCACCUCGACAGUCUCGCUCACGACCCCUCCUUCCGGCCCGCACAGGUCCGCAUGGCCGCUGAGAGUAUCGCUGCGGCGGGUGGGCGGGGGUUCGCUGCUGGCGACUGGAACUCGGUACUCCCUAUCGAUGCUGGGCUUUGUCGUGAGAAUGACCUCAUUGACUCAUGGGAGGUUACGCGUAAAGGCGAGGACGGCUUUACCUGGAACUGGGACGGGAGGAGCAAGGAGCCGUUCCCGCCGAACCGCCUCGACAAGAUCGCGAUUGCUGGGAUGGCUUGCAAAGAUAUCCGUGUCCUCGAGCCGGGAUCGCUCGAGAGCGGGGUGGACUGGAGCGACCACUGCGGGCUGUAUGCCGAGCUUGUGGUUACGGGGGCGAAGUUGUAG